AUGGCAUUUGUUUGCGGAGUUUGCGGAGACCGAGCGAUAAGCAAGAAUUUUGGUGCAUACACUUGCGCUCCAUGUAAAGCGUUUUUUCGACGAAAUGCACCAAGAAAUAAGUCAUCAUGUUUUUACGGCGGCGACUGCGAUGUCACUCACUUUACCAGAAAGUUUUGCCAAAAGUGUCGCUUAAAUAAAUGUUAUGCCAUUGGAAUGAGAAAGUAUGAAAUGAGUUAUGUCUGGACUCCAGACUCUGAGGACACACCUAAUGAUAACACAAUGAUAUCACACAAAGCCAUCGAUCAACACAUAAUUAAUGACUUAAUUGAUCCGAGACUAGCGGAUCAGUUGGCAAACAAAGAGCUGUUUUUGAACAAUCAGCAAAAGUUCAAAUUAGCCACCGUUUCUAUUGUCAGACAUAUUAGCAAUUUUAGCAUAUGUUUCAACGAGUUUGAAAUCAAUAAAAUCCGGGAACUGUUGACAGCCAUGAAUUGGAUCCGUGAGCCCACCGGUGGGAUGAUUACCGGCGAGUUGGCUGACCCAAUGCAAUACAAAAUGACCAUGGCUACCAGAUUCAAUAAGCUAAUCCAAAACUUUACCAAAAUGACAAAACAGUUGAACUCGUUUAAUAAUUUGUGCGGCAAUGAUAUGAUAGCCCUCAUAAAGUAUGGCUGCGUUGAGAAUAUAAUGAUGCGUUCGGUUCAGUACUAUAAUCAUAGGGACAGGUAUUGGACGAUAUGUGCGGAUAACAAAAGUUCAUUUAUACUAAAAAUGGAUUUUAUAGCUAAAUGCGAGCCAUUGAUUGGCGACUCUUAUAUCAGAUACUUUGACAUUAUGUGUCCGGAAUGGGAUUCAGACCGUCUGAUUGUAGAUCUGCUAACAGCUAUAGUACUGUUUGACCCAAACAGACCGAACCUUAAGCACCGACAUGUUAUCAAGUUUGAGCAGAAUCUUUAUAUGUAUUUACUUCUACGAUAUAUACUGUUAAAAUACUGUAUAUUUGGUUCCGAAAUGGCCAAGCUCAAAUUUCUCCGUAUAAUGAGCUCAAUUAAGGAAAUUAAUACCCUUGGUGUAAUCACUAAGCUUAAUUGGUCUCAUGCUAAUCCAGGUGAUGUUGGGCCUUUCAUAUCAGAAAUUUUGGAUCUUGAUACUUAA